UACCACGCCUACCAAGUGAUCAAAGCCCAGGGCAUACCCGACGAAAACAUAAUAGUCUUUCAUUACGACGACUUACCCACGAGUAAACAAAACCCUACGCCCGGUAUUGUGGUUAACAAACCCGAAGGUCCGGAUGUCUAUCAUGGAGUUCCCAAACACUUUACCGGCAAAGAUGUCACACCAGAGAACUUUUUGGCUGUACUUAAAGGCAACGAAACACUAGAAAAGUCGGGAAAGAAGGUCGUUAAGAGUGGACCUAAUGAUCACGUGUUUGUCUAUUUAAUGGACCAUGGUGGCCACCAAAUAGUAGCAUUCCCAAAUGGCAUACUACACGCCCAGGACUUAAACAACGCGCUAAUAGACAUGCAUAAAAAUAAUAGAUUUUCAAAAUUGGUAUUUUAUUUGGAAGCAUGCGAAUCAGGUUCUAUGUUUGACAAAUUAUUACCCACUGACAUAAAUGUAUACGCUAUAACCGCUACUAAGCCUGAUGAGUUGGGCUGGUUUUGCUACCACGAUGCUAAAGUUUAUAAGACCUAUCUGGCUACAUUCUUUGCGGUCAAUUGGUUGGUAGAUAGCGAGAGUCAUGACCCUAAGGUCGAGUCACUUGAGCAACAAUACGAGUACAUUAAAGCCAAAAAUAAUUUCACCAUGGACGGUCAAGUGCACACCCAACACGCGCAACAAUAUGGCGACUUGUCCAUAGCUAAUUUGCACCUAUCAGAAUUUUUGGGUACCAAAACGUCUUCUCGAAUGCAUAUGAAUUCACUCCCAUUGGAUAUGAAUGGCCAGGAAUUUGUGAGUUUCAGAGACGUUGCCAUUCGGGUGUUGGAGAAGAAUAUUGAGUCGACGGAUAAUAUAUCCCUGAAAUUAGGUUAUACUCAAGAAUUGGAGCGCAUAUUGAAUGGCCGACAAUAUGUGAAUAAACUAUUUGCUGAUUACGUGAAUAAAUUGGAGCGCAUAUUGAAUGGCCGACAAUAUGUGAAUAAACUAUUUGCUGAUUACGUGAAUAGUAUCCAACAUUUGCUUAAAGUUGAGACCCAUGCUAAACCCACUAAUGGACCUUGCUAUAGAAAAUUGGUCGACACAUUCCAUACUGAGUGUUUGAAUGUUGGCCAGAAUCCAUACGUGUUGUCAAAACUGCAAACAUUUGUGAAUAUUUGCGAACAAAUGCGUGACUCGAGUGAUGCGGACAUUGCUGUCAACCGAUUGAUACAACACUGCGAUAGAAAUGCUUCUGUAUACCACGCCUAUCAAGUAGUCCAUUCCCGAGGUAUACCCGAUGACCACAUAAUAGCCAUGUAUUACAACGACAUACCUUUCCAUACAUCUAACCCAACACCUGGUGUUGUAGUCCACACACCAAAUGGUAGUAAUGUUUACACCGGAGUUCCCAACGACUAUAUUGGCGAUCAUGUCACACCAGAGAAUUUUUUAGGUGUACUUAAAGGGGACAAAAUAUUGCAGCGUAACGGGCGUCGAGUACUCAACAGCGGGCCCAAUGAUCACGUGUUUGUCUACUUAAUGGACCAUGGUGGAAAAGGUUUAAAAACUUUUGAACAAAGGCACCUGAUGCACAUAAGGGUAUUUUUCCCAACGGGUGUACUACAAGCUAAGGAUUUAAAUAAUGCACUCAUAGAUAUGCAUAAAAGUAAAAAGUUUUCAAAAUUGGUAUUUUACUUGGAAGCAUGCGAAUCAGGGUCUAUGUUUGAUAAGCUAUUACCAAACAAUAUUAAUGUAUACGCAGUUACGGCAACCAAACGCAAUGAACUAGGUUGGUUUUGUUGUUACGAUUACCAUCGAAAAAUUUAUGUGGCCACAGAUUUUUCAUAUAAUUGGCUAAUGAAUACUGAGCAUGAUAAUAAUUCACGCAUUGAAACACUACAAGAUCAAUUUGAUUUUAUCCAAAACUCUACACGUAAUCAACAUGCUCAACAAUUUGGCGAUUUAUCUAUUGCUAAAUUACCUGUCUCACAAUUUUUAGGUUCUAAAAUA